CCUGAAAAGCCUGAAUGGCAGGCACUCUCCACGGAGGAUACCUCGAUGUCUGCACUCGUCGGAUCUCUCCGCGGCUUGGAGGACAAUUCUGGGAACGCAGGGCAACCGUAUCGUAGGAACAGCCUCGCUCUGUCUCUACACUCGAAUUUGGCCGCUUUUCCGCCAUCUAACAACCAAGAAGCCUCGCCUUUUCACGUGGUUGACUCGGCACGAAGAAGGUUCAGCAAUGUCAGCGACGUUGUCUCCAGAAAGAUCUCUCACACGAUCCGAUGGAGAACCGGAUCAUCAUUGUGCGCUCAAUACAUUCGAAAUCGUCUGAAACGAUGUGGAAUCUUUCAUCGAAAGCUUGGAUUGAAAAGGAUGAGGAGUGCCAUGUUGCUUCCUGGAGGAGCAGUUGUCGGGGAAGUUUAUCCAGAGUUAGUGUCAGUUGGAGCUGAACUGGAGAAGAUGCAUCCAAAUUUGUUCAAUCGUGUUGCACGACAAAUCGGUUGUGGUAGCUUCUCGUCGGAACAGUCUGUCAGCGAGGCCGUCGUCGAUAUCUCCAGGGAAAUGAUCAGGAACGGAGAGAUGACUUGGAGUAAAGUGAUAGCCCUUUACGCGGUUGCUGGUGGUAUUGCUGUAGAUUGCGUACGUCAGGGCAAACCUGAGUAUCUACCUGCUAUACAAAGAGACUGCUCUAGUAACACGAUACAGACCUGCGACGAAAGAAACAACGUGGUACUCGCGAAAACUUAUAUUCCUGUUUCUGUUCACCAUUUUAUUCGUUUUCAUGAUCUCUGUACUUUUGAAACUUUUAAUUUUAUAACGCACUCUAAAUAUAAUUGCAUAAAAUAUAAUUUACACUCUAUGGUACACUUAAAUGAAAACCAUCGUUCAACUGAGAUAUUUUGAAACACAGGCUCGUUGUACUGUACUUUUAUAUAUUUUAGUAAAUAAUUAGUAUAAAUGAGAAUACUGUUGUGUUUUCA